AUGACUGGUCAGCCCUGGAGGUUCAUUUCAUAUGACGAGGCUUGUGAAUGCUUCGACAAAUUCAGACGCUGCCGAUACGGUCACACGUCUCUCUGGAAGGAACAUUCUGCACACUUGUUGGCUAGGUUGAGGACGUAUGGAGAGAAGCGCGACUUCAUCGAGCGUUACUACUUCUCAAUACUGUUGGAGGACGCGGACCAGUUCUGCCAUUGGGAUACUGAGCUCGACGAAUACUCCGCGCAUCCUCCCGAACAGGUGGCCCCAUACACCGAGUGUGACCUUGUCAGUUGGCAAGCGAAAGCUGUCGACUUCAUGAAAAGACUCCUAGUCGUGGACUGGGAGCUCUUGGAGCGGCGCAUCAACCUCAUGAAACUCCCACUAUCUCCGCAAGAUUUGAAGGAGUCCGCCGAUUGGUGGUCUGUGUUGGACUUUUGGACAGGCAUGCUAUUCGUGCCGUUGUCCUCUGGGCUUCCUCUGUAUAACGAUGACGAAGACGAGAACUAUGUGCCGACCAUCACUGUCGUCGCCCCUUCGAUGGAGUCAACUCGCACACCAUCUCGUCACGGCACAGAGCCGCUCGAAGAUGAACCUUGUCCUACUCCAUCAGCGCCAUAUCUUAAUCCGGAGAGUGACACAUCCGCGAGUCCCGUCGUCUAUGCUCCUCGCCGGAUCUUCUCUCCGGCGCAUCCUAACCAACUGCUAUUCCCGAGUCCAUUGAUGAACCAAGAUGCCCUUCCCUCCUUCCCGCUGGACCCAAGACGUCCGCUGCCGCCAUCUCCCGGCCAUAUGCGUCCUUUCCGGAGCUUCGGGGCGCCUACUAUAGGCAUGGCACAAGAUGAUCCUUCAGCCAAACCUAUCGUUCUGCCAGCCCUCACAGCCACACCAUCAUUGCCUUCGGAUGUUAUGCCUAACAUCAGUAAACGCAAGCGGCAAAGCGACAACACAGGGUCUUCGUUACCGGCCAUAUGUGCCAAUAUAGCAAAAAGGCGAAGGUGCUGA